UCGAGAAAGGAAGGGAAAAAGGAAACAAGGGAACCCUCUCUCUCUCUCUCUCUGGGCGAGUUCAUUGGUUCUCUUCUCCAUUCUCUAUCUUCAUCGAGAAUCGAAUCCAUCUCUCAUGGUGACAAUCGGGAUCGAAGCCUGCUUGAAUCUCUUGGUCGAUCACGGGCUUUGAUAUUCUCUGCCGAUUUUACCGCGAUCCUUAUAAGGAGAUGAACGGGAAAGCAACAGAGGAAGCUGGGUCAUCGGUGGGGCCGGGAGAGGCGCCGGUGCCGCUUGAAUGGAAGUUCUCGCAGGUUUUUGGUGAGCGGGCUUCUGGAGAGGAAGUCCAGGAAGUUGACAUCAUCUCCACAAUAGAAUUUGAUAAAUCUGGUGAUUAUCUUGCCACUGGAGAUAGAGGAGGGCGUGUUGUUUUAUUUGAAAGGACAGAUGUUAAGGAUCAUGAAGAUCGAAGGGCUUUAGAGAGGUUAGAUUCCCCAGUUGGCAGGCAUCCUGAGUUCCGUUAUAAAACUGAAUUCCAAAGCCAUGAACCUGAGUUUGAUUACCUUAAAAGCUUGGAAAUAGAAGAGAAGAUCAACAAAAUUAGAUGGUGUCAAACUGUCAACGGGAUCCUGAUUCUUCUUUCAACUAACGACAAAACAAUCAAGUUCUGGAAGGUUCUAGAAAAGAAAGUGAAAAGGAUUUCUGGGACAAAUUUGGGACCUUCAGAACAUGUAGGCGAUGGUUUUCUGGCUACUUCAAGUACAGUUAGCUCUAGAGUACACAUGCCGAAUGGUGGAUCCUCAGAGAGGCGGCACAGUUAUCUGAGCAAUGACUUCUCAUUUCCUCCUGGAGGAUUUCCAUCUCUACGAUUGCCCAUGGUUUCUAUCUAUGACACAAGCCCUUUGGCUAGAUGUCGCAGAAUAUAUGCUCAUGCUCAUGAUUACCAUAUCAAUUCCAUUUCAAAUAACAGUGAUGGAGAGACUUUUGUAUCAGCUGAUGAUUUGAGAAUAAAUCUUUGGAAUUUGGAAAUUAGCAACCAAAGUUUCAAUAUUGUUGAUGUGAAACCUGCAAAUAUGGAAGAUUUAACAGAGGUGAUAACAUCUGCUGAGUUCCAUCCUACCCAUUGCAAUACAUUAGCGUAUAGCAGCUCAAGAGGUUUUAUCCGGCUUAUUGAUUUGAGGCAGUCGGCAUUAUGUGAUAAUCAUUCUCAGUUGUUUAAGGGUCAGGAUGCACCUAGCACAAAAUCUUUCUUCACUGAUAUUAUUGCUUCAAUAUCAGAUAUUAAGUUUGCAAAGGAUGGAAGGCACAUCCUGAGUCGUGACUAUAUGACUCUUAAGUUAUGGGACAUAAACAUGGAUGCAGGUCCUGUUGCAACUUUCCAGGUCCAUGAAUAUUUAAGGCCCAAGUUGUGUGAUUUAUAUGAAAACGACUCUAUUUUUGAUAAAUUUGAAUGUUGUCUGAGUGGCGAAGGACUACGGGUAGCAACAGGUUCAUACAGCAAUAUUUUUCGUGUGUUUGGCUGUGCUGCUGGGAGCAAUGAGGCAACAACUAUGGAAGCUACUAAAGCUCCGAUGAGUAGGAAGCAAGUGCAAAACUCUACCCGACCUACAAGAACUCUCAACAAUUCGGCACGGGCAGUAAGACGAGGAGCAGAAAACACGGCACUUGAAGCAAAUGGAAACACAUAUGACUUCUCAUCAAAGUUGCUCCAUUUAGCUUGGCAUCCAACCGAAAACUCUCUUGCCUGCGCCGCUGCUAACAGCUUGUACAUGUACUAUGCGUAAAGAUGUAGCAGGUUUCACUUACAACAUUUUUUUAAGGUUGCAUUUUGAGUAAAAAAGCAGUUGGCCUCUCCGGCGAACAGCAGAGAAAGCUCAAGAGAUGUUAUUUGGCAUACAAGUUACCGCUAUCCGGAGAAUUUGAGUUAUAAAUUCGUCUUUCGAUAACUGUCAAUUAGUUUUUUAGGUUCCCCUGUUGUAUCAGCUCUCUUGCACUUGCUGUGCAACUGAUCAAAAACUGUUAGCCAGUAAGUGAUGCAAGCAAAGAGAGGGGGAUUGUAUUGUCUGACUGAGAAUGAGGCUUGUGAAUAGUAUAAUUGUUAUUAUUUCUCUCUA